AUGAACUUCCUGAAAUAUGCCAGUCUUUUAGAUGAACAACCGAAAAUCGAAGUUGAACUGGGAUCCAUUGACAAUAACGUGGACUACGUUCCAGUGACGAGAUGCAAGUACAGAAGACAGAGUAUGAAGUUCAUGGGUAAGCAAUUACUGUCAGAUUUUUGAAACAUCCAAUUUAUGUUUAGGAAAAGGAGCUCUCCACUUCAGAGACAUUCAUUUCUCGUAUCCAAGCAGAAAAGAAACUGAAGUUCUGCGCGGAAUUUCUUUUUCUGUAGAAGCUGGUGAGAAACUUGCAAUUGUCGGAAGCAGUGGAAGUGGAAAAAGUACAUUGACGGCUCUUCUGCUCCGAUUCUAUGACCCAACUAAAGGAUCGGUGCGAGUGUAAGCCUGGUCUUUACAAAAGUCUCAAAAUUCCAGAUCUUACUAGACAGUGAGAAUAUUAAAAUGAUGUCGCCAGAUGACUUGCGUGGCCAAUGCUCUCUUGUCAGUCAAGAACCAGUGCUUUUCGACGGAACGAUCAGUGAUAACAUCAGAUAUGGUCGAUUAGAUGCAACUCAGGUACUCCGCAACUUUCCGUAUCUUUUAUUUGUGUUCUGUAUUCAGCAAGAAAUCAACGAUGCUGCCAGAAAAGUGGGAGCAUGGAAGUUCAUCAACAGUUUGCCCGAUGGAAUGAGAACGAGAGUUGGAGAAAGGUCAGUUUUUCGUUGUUCAAAUCACAUCAUCCAUUUAGAGGUCACCAGUUGUCGGGAGGACAGAAACAGAGAGUUGCCAUCGCAAGAGCCGUGAUCCGUAAACCGAUUGUUCUGAUAUUCGACGAAGCCACGUCGGCAUUGGACAAUAUUCACGAGGAAGAAGUGAACGCCGCCAUCGACCUGGCUUCGGAGGGUCUCACCACAAUCACCAUUGCCCACAGACUAUCAACGAUUAAGAAUUCCGAUAGGAUAAUUGUUCUUCACGAGGGAAAGAUUGUCGAGGAAGGACCACCGGACGAGUUGCUGGCUGAUGUCAGUGGAAUCUUUCACAAGGUAUGUACUGUAUUUUCCUUCUUUUUCUUUCCCCUUCCCGAGCCUGGGCGCUCACUUUAUUUUCUCUGAUUUCGUGGCUGACCAAGUGACAAUGACAGAUGUACAACGACCAACGUCUCGACCAACUGAGCCAACAGCAUCAACAUCUGCAGGCAAAACCGUCACUCCAGCAACAGAUGUCCUUCAGUCCUCCGCCCAAACUGGCAUGUUGUAAAUCUAGUGACCUUCCCUCAUAAAUGGACAUUUAGGACCCCGAUCAACAGAGAAGGGCUUGGGCUCGUAGUUCGUUGGGCGGAAACAAGAAGUUAGGAAAAUCGUACUCCGUAAACAGUAUGGAAAAGGAAAAGCUGAAGUUGCCGGUGAUGAGCAAGAAAAAAUCAGAGAGAUUGGAUUACAAGUACUCGAGAGUUCACAGUAUGGAUGUGAAACACGGAGAGAGCAUAGAGGAAGAUGUGAGAAGUUUUUAUUGGAAUUUCUCACUGAAAAUCAGAAAUUUUUAGGAUCUUCCUGGAAAAGAGACAAAUUUCACUGUUCUCAAAGAUCUGAUCUACUCCUACAGAACUGGUCUGCCUUUGUUGGCCGGAGCCAUUCCAACAACCAUUGUUCGAGCUGUUUUCUACCUGCUUAUUUGCUUCCAAGUUGCAUCCGUUCUGGAAGUGAGAAUACCCUUUUAUCCACGUAUAUUUCCAAAGUUAUGCAGAUUUCGAUAGCCCCAGAUGAGGAGCGAGCACUUCAAAUCUUUAUUGUAGCCGCUAUUUACACAGCUCUAAUCAUUGUCAAGACUAUUUUCGAAGCACUUGGGGUUGUUCCAGUUUUCAGAUUUCCGCUGUAAUAUCGUGUUUUUCAGCGUCUUUUCAUCGCCCUCUACGGUCACGGAUUCUGCAUGUUUAUGAGGAAUGAAAUGUUUAGAAAGGUGACAAAAAUGACAUCAGACAAGAAUGUUUGUUCGCUUUCCAGGUUCUCAGACAUGGCGCCGCAUAUUUUGACGAGGAGAGGAACAGUCCGGGAAGGUUGGUUCACAAAGUCAUCAACGAGUCAUCGACAUUGAAUGAGAUUAUGGAGCAGAAACUGGACAUGCUUAUUCCAGGAGUUGUGUGCUCUGGUAUCCGUUAUCUACGAGAAUUGGUAGAAACCUCAAAAAAUUGUAGUAUUCUCUAUUGUCUGUGCACUGUUCAUCAACUGGAAAAUGGCCCUCCUUUGCUCGUUCCAAUUCCCAGCCUACUUCAUUAUACGUAUUUUGCAAAUUAGAGAAGGAACGAAGAGACAACGUCAAAUGGUGGAGGAAGAAAAGAAAGCUGCGAAUUUGGCGACAGUGGUCCUUGCCAACAUGAGCACCAUCAAGGCCUACAACCUGCAAUCCCAUUUCUACAAUGUAUUCUGUGAUGCUUUGAAACCUGUUUCUCAGUGAGUCAAAAAUAAGAACACUUUUGAACUGAUAUCGAGAUGUUUUCAGAUGUAUGCAAAAGCAAUCGUUGAUUUCCGCGUUUGUGUUUGCUGCUCAGUACUCUUUCACGUACAUUCUCAUUGCAAUCACAUUGUACUUUGGAAAAGUGAUGAUGUUGGCUAAUGAGAUCAGCGUUUUUGACUACAUGAGGUAACACAAGUAUAAAAUAAAAAAAUUUAUAGGACGGGAAGAUUUCAGAGUUGUUCUGCUCACACAGUUCGGCGCCAACUUCUUCUCCCAACUCAUCGCUUCCGUCAGCGAUUUCACAAAAGCACAGAUUGCCGCUGAAAAUGUGAUGAGAGUGAUCAGAGAGCCACCAGUUGAUAUGGAUAAUCUCUCGGAAGAAGGAUUGAGACCGGUAAUUUAGUUUUUUGCGCAUAUCUCUUUUUUCAAAAUCAAAUUUCAGAAACUCGAAGGAAAUCUGUGCCUGAAAGAUGUGUCAUUCCGAUAUCCAACAAGACCGAUCGUCCCAGUUUUGACAAAACUGAACUUGAAGGUUGGUUCCUUUUUUAUUUUUCAGGUUUUCACAUGUUGUACGCUCAGGUCAGAGGCGGAGAGUCGAUCGCACUUGUAGGACCUUCGGGUUCCGGUAAAUCUUCGAUCAUCGGGCUGUUCCAAAGAAUGUACAACGCGACGGACGGAGUUGUUAUCAUCGACAAGUACAACAUCAAGUCUAUAAACCCGGCCUAUUUGAGAAGAUGCAUUGUAACAGUCGGCCAAGAACCGGAUCUCUUUUCGUUCACUAUCAAGGUAUCCCGAACCAAAUUCAUCUGUCAUCUUCACUUUUGGAUGGAAAUUUGAUAGAGAUGUGAUAAUGAUCUGAUCUUUUUCUAGGAAAACAUUGCAUUCGGAAUGAUGGAAAGCGAAGCGACCAUUGAUAAGGUUAUCGAAGCGGCCAAGAUUGCGGACAUUCACAAUUUCAUCAUUAGUUUGCCACAAGUAAAAAAGAGGAAAUUUUGACCUCACCAACUAGAUCUCGUGUUUUCCAGGGAUAUGAUACUGAGGUCGGAGAGUUUGGAGCGCAGCUAUCUGGAGGUCAAAAACAGAGAAUCGCAAUAGCUCGAGCAGUUAUCAGAAAGCCAACUGUUCUGCUGCUCGACGAGGCCACUUCCGCCUUGGAUAGUGCGAGUGAGCGGGAGGUGCAGAGUGCAUUCAAACGUGUCAAACAGACCAUGAAGACCAAGUGCACGUGCAUUCAGAGUGAGAAAAUGUCAAAUUGGAUAUAAAAAUUUCUAUUUUAUUUCAGUUGCUCAUCGGCUUUCAACUAUUCGAAACGUUGACAGAAUUUACGUGAUCGUCCAUGGAGAGAUAGCGGAAGAAGGAGAUCACGAAGAACUUAUGAAUAUGAAGGGUAUCUACUACGAAAUGAACCAAAUGGCCUGA